AUGAAUCAUAAAAAUGAUUCUGUUGUGACUGAGUUUAUUCUAUCAGGAUUUUCUGGACAAUGGGAACUUCAAAUUUUCUUCUUUGUGACAUUUUCCUUGAUCUAUGGUGCUACUGUGGUAGGAAACAUUCUCAUUAUGGUCACAGUGACAUUUAUUUCCACCCUUCAUUCCCCCAUGUACUUUCUCCUUGGAAAUCUCUCCUUUCUGGACAUGUGUCUGUCCACUGCCACGACACCCAAGAUGAUCAUAGACUUGCUUGCUGAACACAAAACUAUCUCCAUUUGGGGCUGCAUGGCCCAAAUGUUUUUCAUGCACUUGUUUGGGGGUGCUGAGAUGACACUUUUGAUAGUUAUGGCCUUUGACAGAUACAUAGCCAUAUGUAAACCCCUAUAUUACAGGACCAUCAUGAGCUACAGGUUGCUCAGUGGGUUUGUGAUACUUUCGUGGACAAUUGGUUUUAUACACACCAUGAGCCAGAUGGUAUUAACAGUGGACUUGCCCUUCUGUGGCUACAAUGUUGUAGACAGCAUAUUUUGUGACCUUCCACUAGUGAUCAGACUUGCUUGUAGUGAAACAUAUAUCCUGGAGUUAUUUGUUAUUGCUGACAGUGGGUUACUUUCUUUUAUCUCUUUCAUCAUGUUACUUAUUUCUUACACUGUCAUUCUGAUCACUGUCCAACAAAGAUCGUCUCGAGGGCUCUCCAAGGCUCUCUCCACAUUGUCUGCUCACAUCAUUGUGGUCACUCUGUUCUUUGGACCUUGUAUCUUUAUUUAUGCCUGGCCAUUCAGUAGUUUUGCAAGCAAUAAGACCCUUGCUGUAUUUUACACUGUUAUCACACCCUUACUGAAUCCUAUUAUUUACACACUGAGAAAUCAGCAAAUGCAAGGGGCCAUGAAAAAAUUACUGUUCCAACAUAUUAUAGUCACACAGAACUUCUAG